UUAGGUAGGUAGGUAAUGUUAUCGCUGUGAGAUAAUAUUUAAUAUAAACAAAGUAACUUACAUACCCAUCCUGAAUAUUAUCUUAUUUUACUAUUUUUAUUAAGCUUAUUUUAUUUAGAGAGGUCUAGCUGAUGCAUGUUACUAUACAUCAUCAGCCUUUAUAGUUCGUAAUUUGAUUAUUUAAUUAAAUACCAUGAAGAUAGUCGUCACUGGAGCGGCAGGAUUUCUGGGUUCAAGAGUGGCUGAUGUACUCCUUAGUAAUACAUCACCACUUCCAGUAAGAGAAUUAAUAGUUAAUUUCGACGCCACAAGAAAUCUUCUCGAGACGGCUCGCAAAGUCAAACCUAGUCUCAAAUUCAUUUUUAGCAGCACUCUUGGCGUGUACGGAGGUGAGCUUCCUAAAACAGUUGAUGAUUUAACAGCAGUGACACCGGAAAACACUUACGGAACAACAAAAGCCAUGUGUGAGCUCUUGAUUAACGAUUAUUCAAGAAAAGGAUUUGUUGAUGGCUGUAUAUUGAGGUUGCCCACUGUCAGUGUCAGGGCUGGAACUGCGAAUAAAGCUGUUACUUCUUUCGCUAGUGGCAUUAUACGAGAGCCACUCAAUGGAUUAGAAGCUAUAUGCCCUGUUAACAAAAAUUUGAAGUUGUGGCUAACAAGUCCUAAAAUUGUUGUAAAUAAUAUAAUUUAUGCAGCUACAAUCCCAGCCACAUCGUUUGGAUCCUGGCGUGUCGUCAACUUGCCUGGAUUUGCAGCUUCGGUAGACGAAAUGAUUCAAGCAUUGAAAGAAGUUGCUGGUGAGAAAGUGGCAGCUUUAGUGAGUUUUGUCAAAGACGAAACUAUCAAUCGUAUUGUGUCGACAUUUCCAACCAAUAUUGAUAACACCCGUGCGCUAAACAUGGGAUUCAGUGUGGAUGAAAACUUUGUUGAAGUAGUAAAACAAUAUAUUAGCGAUGAUUUAAGCAAAGAUUAAUUUGUAUUGUAAUUUACAGCUUAUUUGUAUUAAUCAUAUUAAACACAAUAAAGUUGCUAACGCACUUAGGUUGUUAAUUAUUUUCAUUACCAUACAACGAUGUUAAUAUCGUACCAUACAACGAUGUUAGUAUGGUACCAUAAAAUGCAUUCAUCAUCGUCAUUAACAGCCUAUUAAGCCCGUCACAGACGUAGCUAUAAUAUAUAUUAAUAUGAAUCAUAGCAAGACAUAUUACAACAUAUUUUCAAUAUAAAUAUUCGAGUGACCGCACACGCAGCUAUAAUAUAUAUUUCUAUGACGUCACCAAAAUAUGUCGACAGAUAUAUUUUGGCAUAUUAGUGUAUAUUUUGGUAUAUUAAUAUAUAUUUUGAUAUAUUAAUAUAUAUUUUGAUAUAUUAAUAUAUAUUUUGAUAUAUUUUUAUGAUACGGUAUGUUUCAUUUUUCACCGAACGCCUGCCAAAAUAUAUAUUAUAGCCGUGCCCCGCGGUUUCACCCGCGUUUUUCUCGUUUCCGUGGAAAUACUGAGAUAAAAUAUGCAAGCAAGCGCGCGUGGAUUUCCUUAGCAGAGUUAUUUUAGAAAUGUAUUUAUUAUACUCUUCAAAGGUCUUAUACUUACAAUCAUCAACAAAUAUAUUUCGAAAAAGAUUAUUAAAGGAUUUUAUGUUAAUAAAAAACUCUAUGGCCCAUAACUCAUUAAUAGGUACCAACUCUUAACAUCUUACACACGUGAUAACUUUUAAACGAA